UGAUUUUAAUUAAAUGUUCCUUUUAAUUAGCGUCUAAUUUCUGUGCUAACCGUUUGACUGGCGAGUAAAGACUGUGUGUGUUGCUGUUCACCUUUAUGAAUAUGAAUUUAAAUCCUUUUCUGGUUAGAAGUAUAUGUAAUGCUCUCAACAUCCCACGAGCCUUACACCUGCAGCUUCAAACUCUCCUUUUUAUCCUCAUCUCUGCAACUCCACUCUUCAAUUAUUUCUCUCUCUCCACAUCCCUUUGUUCCCUCAAUCUCUCUCAUCCAACCCAUCACUCAUCAACUCCAAAGAAUUGCAUUAACUUUCUCUUCCCAAAAAUAUUUUUGCAUUGGGCUUAAUUCUUUAUAUAUCCCUACACCAAAUUCAAUGGCUCUUGAAACAUUAUUAAUCAAGGUGAAGAAAGUCAUAUCUCACCGUUUUGAUGCAGUACUCACCACAGCACCAAAGCCACAAAUGGCCAAGAAAUCUAAAGUUGAUGUUUUAGCCUUUGAAAUCGCCGGAAUCAUGUCGAAGCUAUUGCAUCUAUGGCAAUCCCUCUCCGAUAAAAACAUAAUUCGCCUCCAUAACGAGUCCAUCUCCCUUGAGGGAGUUCAAAAGAUUGUAUCCAACGACGAAGCUUUCUUGCUCGGCCUAGCAUGCGCAGAGAUGGUGGAAAAUGCGAGGCUCGUAGCAAAGUCCGUGUCCAGGAUUAGUAAACGGUCCGUGGACACGAAUCUCCGGUCCUUUGAUCGCUUGUUCGAUGAGUUUGCAAACACGGCUCGCGAUCCUCACCAUUGGGUUUUGAGUUGGAAGGAAAUGGAAGCAAAGAACAAGAAAAUGGACUGGUUUGUCACCAUAACCGCCACCCUUCAUCGCGAGAUGGAUGAGCUUUCGAUCAUGGAAAAUGGUUUGAGGAAAGCACUACAGUGUAGUGAACACGAAUCUGCUUCGAUCAAAGAACAGAAGAUCAUUGAUCUACAGCAGAAGAUUUUGUGGCAAAGACAAGAAGUUAAGGAUCUAAAAGACCGAUCUCUUUGGAGUCGAAGCUUUGACACUGUGACUAUGUUGCUUGCUAGAUCAAUCUUCACUGUUCUGGCAAGGAUCAAGCUUGUAUUUGGGGUUGGACAUGGAUAUCCAGCUUCCCUACCGCGUAGUCUCUCAGCUUCAGCCACUGUCCACCCUACUGAUCAUCAAAACCCUAAUUCAUGCAACUUCGUAUCAGGGCAGUUGAUCAAGAGCUCUGAGCUUCAAGAAAUGAAGGAUUUUGCGAAUGGGUUCUUCGACAUGAACACGAAGGCACUAAAGCCGCCUUCGAGUACCUUAGGUGCUGCAGCUCUUGCUCUACAUUAUGCAAACUUGAUCAUUGUGAUGGAGAAGAUGAUAAGGUCACCACAAUUGGUCGGCGUCGAUGCUAGGGAUGAUCUUUACUCCAUGUUGCCAAGUAGUGUAAGAUCAUGUUUGAGGACUAGGUUGAGAGGGGUAGGGUUUUCGGCUAGUGAUCCGGUUUUGGCCGGAGAGUGGAGGGAUGCUUUGGGGAAGAUAUUGGGGUGGUUGUCACCUUUGGCACAUAACAUGAUAAAGUGGCAAAAUGAAAGGAGCUUGGAACAGCAGAAUUUGAUGCCCAAAGCAAAUGUUCUUCUCUUGCAAACACUCUAUUUCGCAAACAAAGAGAAGACCGAGGCAGCCAUUACUGAGCUAUUGGUUGGUCUGAACUACAUCUGGAGGUUCGAAAGAGAGAUGAAUGCUAAAACUUUGUUUGAAUGCACCAAUGGGUUUUGGAAUUUGCAGAAUUCUAGCUGAUUAGAGGUUUUGUUUCUUAUUUUUCAUAAUUUUUUUUUUUUCCUUUGUUUCUUAUACUAUGUUAUAUUUGAAAUUCAACUCAGCUUCAGCUUCAGAUCACUUGUGAGGGUUCGAUUGUUUUGUUUGUAACCCUGAUCUGAUUCAUCUAAAUAUUGUAUUAUGUAUAUGAUUUGAGUUAAAUUGCAGAACAGUUUUUCGGCUUUUAAUUACAAAAUAUAGAUACAGUCAUAAACUAUGAAGAUUCAGGAGACACUCUCAAUUUUGAGGAAGUGAGUAUAGUUUUAGGUUUGUUAUGAAUGAAUGAAGAUAAUCUUUAUUGGUUUUUAAUGUAAGAUAUAUGUAAAACUAAUUAUAGCAGUUGGAUUGUAUGUUGCGGCAUAACUUCGAGCAGGUGUGUCCAUAUUUGAAUCUCUUAUGGUUAAUUUUUUUUUUUCUUCAUAUGGGAAGUGAAUGAUGGGAGGUUUUUUUUUAAGAUUAGAGACUUUAGAACAGUUUUUAAAAUCGUUGAAGGAGAAAUCAGUCUCAUUAAGUCACUCAAAGUAUCUUUUUUCUUGUAAAGCUUAAUUAGUGUUCUUGACCGUUACCCUUAAUUAACUAUUAGAAACUUGGAUUCUAGUUGGGU